AUGCACUUGAGGAAGCCGAUCGUCUCCAUUGCAGAACACUGUGUAGAGGCCGCACUGGGAAUAAAUCUGAUUAGUCAACGGAAAAUACAGAGGUCCGAAUUUUCCACAGCUAAAGGAGUUGAGGCAACUGAUCUUGAUGUUGCUGUUGCUAUAUUCUUGUGCCGAAACAGGGGGAUUGAGGUGAACCUAGUGAAGGUUAAAGUCAUUCUGGACAUGCCAGCCCUGAGGAACAUCAAGGAAGUACAAAGCUUAACAGGAAGAAUGACAGCUUUAGGGAGAUUCCUCUUUCAAUCAGCGGAGAAGGGUCUGGCGAAGGCAAAGAAUUUUGUCUGGGACAAUGAGUUCCAAGAAGCUUUCAGCAAACUGAAGGAAUAUCUGGCUUCAGCUCUAGUCCUCACCAAGCCUCAGUAG